AUGGCUCCGGCUUUGCGCACCCUUCUGUCCUUAUGGCUUCUUUCAAGUUCGGCGGCGGCGACCGUCGUUAAUACCUGCCCUCCAGAAAAGCAGCUUUUGAAAAAUCCGUCAUUUGAGGAGCGAUAUACUGGAUGGAGCUUUGGAAGUGGUGGAGGCUCGAUCAUUUCGGAUGGCACAUCAAGCAUUCCUGAUGGAUCCUGCCGGAGUCGAGUGAACUAUCCUCUUGUCUCACAAGGCUUGAGCCAGAUUGUUACCGGUGUAGACACGUCGUCUACUUAUCGCCUUUCCCUCGAUUGGCGUCUCUCUGGCUGCAGCGUUCCAUCAGGGAAAAUCUGCUGCGACAUGUACUUUUACAACUCCAUCGCCUCCUCCCUUACAACCAUUGGACAUUGGCAAUUAGAAAUUGACGCUGCCCGUCCUAAAACUGCUUGGAAAUCUCAAUCAGUGAACUGGAAGCCAAAUGCUAAAAUGUUCAACCUCCUUGUUACGUGGAGCUGCUCAAGUCCACGAAAUGGGGCAUAUAUCGAUGUUGACAAUAUUCGGCUCACUUUGCCGCAACCUCCAAGUUGCUCGAUCUCUGCUAGCCCCACUCGCACUUCUACAGAUGACUGUAGUGAAACCGAUACACCCACUACAACCCCGACUAAUACCGUCACCCCUACUACGGGUGCCACAGCAACAACCACACCUAGCGGUACCGCAUCCACCGGGACCGCCACGGCUACUGAAACUGACUGCACUGAUUCCGUCACUCCAACUGGCACAGUCCCUACAAAUACCCCUUCUGGAACUGAUUCCACAGCAACAGCACCCACUGGAACUGGGACGGAAACAGAUUGCACAGACACCGUCACUCCCACUGGCACUGCUCCAACAAACACUGUCCCUACAGGCACAGAUACAAAAGUGACUGACACUGCCACUCCUUCGGGAACCGAUGGAACAGCAACAACACCUACAGGCACUGCGACAGAAACUACGCCUACUGGUACUGGUCCCACCGGCACCGAUACCGUUACGCCUACUGGAACUGACUCCACGGCAACAACGCCUACUGGAACAGAAACCGACUGCACGGACACUAUCACUCCCACUGGGACUCCUACAAAUACCCCUACUGGUACUGAUGUCACGCCCACCGGGACUGACGUAACAGCAACAACACCCACGGCCACUGCAACAGAAACCGACUGUACAGAUAGUGUCACGCCCACUGGUACUGGUCCUACCGGCACUGAUACUGUCACCCCUACUGGGACCGACUCCACUGCAACCACACCUACUGGAACAGAAACUGACUGCACGGACACGGUUACCCCUACGGGUACUGCCCCCACCGGUACCGAUACUGUCACCCCUACGGGCACCGAUUCCACAGCAACACCUACUGGAACUGCCCCUACUGGCACCGAUUCUACUGCCACUCCUACUGGAACUGCUCCUACUGGUACCGAUUCUACUGUGACACCUACUGGAACUGCUCCUACUGGUACCGAUUCCACAGCAACACCUACUGGAACUGCCCCUACUGGCACCGAUUCUACUGCCACUCCUACUGGAACUGCCCCUACUGGCACCGAUUCUACUGCCACUCCUACUGGAACUGCCCCUACUGGCACCGAUUCUACUGCCACUCCUACUGGAACUGCCCCUACUGGCACCGGUUCUACUGUGACACCUACUGGAACUGCCCCUACUGGCACUGAUUCCACAGCAACGCCUACUGGUACUGCUCCCACUGGAACAGAAACUGACUGCACGGAAACUGCUACUCCCACCGGCACUGAUUCCACAAAAACACCUUCUGGCACCCCAACUGGCACUGAUUCUACUGCCAAUCCCACUGGUACUGGUCCUACUGGUACUGGCCCUACUGGUACUGGUCCUACUGGUACUGCUCCUACUGGAACAGAAACUGACUGCACGGAAACUGCUACUCCCACCGGCACUGAUUCUACAAAAACACCUACUGGCACUCCAACUGGAACUGAUCCUACAGGUACUGGUCCUACUGGUACUGGUCCUACUGGUACUGGUCCUACUGGUACUGAUUCCACAAAAACACCUUCUGGCACCCCAACUGGCACUGAUUCUACUGCCAAUCCCACUGGUACUGGUCCUACUGGUACUGGCCCUACUGGUACUGGCCCUACUGGUACUGGCCCUACUGGUACUGAUUCCACAAAAACACCUUCUGGCACCCCAACUGGUACUGAUUCUACCGUCAAUCCUACUGGUACUAGUCCGACGGGCACCACGACACCCAGCGGUACUGGGGCUACCGAUACUGUCACGCCCACUGGCACUGGUCCAACAAAUACUGUUCCCACGGGCACUGACGGUACUGUAACUAAUACUGCUACCCCUACUGGAAGUGGGUCUACCGCAACAACGCCAACUGGCACGGGAGAGACACCCUCGGGUACAGCUAACCCCAGCACCUUGGUGACUAGCAUACAAUCAGAUUCAAGCUCAUCUGUCUCGGGCAGUCCCUCUGGGUCUGCUGUUUCUUCUCCGGCCUCCACUACCAACACUCCGUCGGGAUCAGUGUCCGUUUCACAGCCAGCACAGUAUACCACGUCAACAGUCUAUGUGACAACUGAAUACACUGUCACAGCAUGUCCCUCAUCCGUCCGUCAAUGCCCUCUGUCACAUCGUUCAACAUUUGUUGUCACGGAAACAAUUGCUGUCACAACAACCGUCUGUCCUAUCACUGAAGUGGCACCAACACCCUCUGUUACUUAUGUUGGUCCGUCCCCUCCAGGUCAGACGCCUAGUUCUGCUCCUUCUACGCUGGUUCCAGGAAAGCCGGCUCCGCAGUCCUCCAAUAUUCCUGCCAGCCCAUCAGUACCCGUUGUUCCUCAACCAAGCAGCAACCCACAUCAGCCCGGCGGCGGCAACCCAUCCCAGCCUGGAGGCGUUAACCCAUCUCAACCCGGAGGCGGUAACCCGUCCCAGCCCGGAGGCGUUAACCCAUCUCAACCCGGAGGCGGUAACCCGUCCCAGCCCGGAGGCGUUAACCCAUCUCAACCCGGAGGCGGUAACCCGUCCCAGCCCGGAGGCGUUAACCCAUCUCAACCCGGAGGCGGUAACCCGUCCCAGCCCGGAGGCGUUAACCCAUCUCAACCCGGAGGCGGUAACCCGUCCCAGCCCGGAGGCAGCAACCCAUCUCAACCCGGAGGCGGUAACCCGCCCCAGCCUGGAAAUGGCGCCUCACCCUCUGCUAAUGCUCCAUCGCCGCAAACAACUGUUUCGUCUGUGGUUGUUGUCGUCCCCCAGCCGUCGUCGACUGGCAAGCCUUCCCCGGCUGGCGAAGCCCCAUCCGAGUCGACAAACGUGACGCCGGGUCCAACCGACUCACCUGCGCCAUUCCAGGGCAAGGCUUCCCGGCCUCGCUGGGCCUCAUCCGGCGCCUUGGCUUCUUUUGUGAUGAUUGUGGCUUUCGUACUUUGA